AUGGGUGCUCAGGGAGCUGCCUCGGUGGAGACGCCGCAGGUCCAGCAGAGCCCUGGGGAGCUCCGGGAGCGUCCUGGGCGGAAGGCAGAGCUGAGCUGUCGCAUCCCGGAGCACCACCAGGAGGUUCAUUGGUACAAGGAGGAGCCCGGCGGGGGUUUGCUCUUGAUUUACCGGCAGUCCAAUUCCUCCUUUCCGAAGGGGAAAUACUCAGGGAGGAUGGAAAACUCGUGGAACUUCUCCCUCACCAUCGGCCCCGUGCAGAGGGAGGACUCCGGGGUUUAUUACUGCAGCUACCCCGCUGCCCCCAGGCUGUCCCUCCAGUUUGGGGAUGGCACCAGGCUCAUCGUCACCGAUGCCACCGAGCCCAAGCUCUCCAUCCUGCUGCCGGUGGACUCGGAGGAGCCCGGGCAGCCCCCGGCCGACAUCCCUGUGCUCUGCCACCUCCACGAUGUCCCCCCGGGCUGGGACACGGUGAAGUGGCAGCCCGGCGGGGAGGUGACGCCGGUGACGGCGGCGACCGUGGAUGAUCAGGGUGUCCUCAGCGCCUGGAGCAUCGCUUGGGUCCCCGCCGAGCGGUGGGACGGAACGGCAGCCUGCACGGCCGCGGAGAACAGCACCGGCAGGAGCCUCAGCGUUGCCGUCGGAUCCACAGCAGUGAGGAACUGA